GUGCAUGUGAUGGCCAUUGAUCUGUAUUUCGUGACAUUGAGUCCACCCUCUCGUGGGGUACUUAUGUUAGCAAAACAUCUCAAUAUUGCCGUUAAUGUCAAGAACCUGGAUGUCAUGAAAGGCGAGCACAUGACCCCUCAAUAUGCAAAGAUUAACCCUGCUAAGAAAGUGCCGGCAAUCGUGGACCAGGGGUUUCCCGUGUGGGAGAGUCGGGCUAUAAUGCAAUACCUGUGCAACAAAUACGCGCCCAAUAGUCCCCUCUAUCCCAAAGACAUCCAGAAACGGGCGGUUGUGGACAGCCUACUCUACUUCGACACCACAUACUACCAGUCCCUUCGAGACGCUCUGCCCACGGACUUCCAGUUAACCACUUAUAAGAGUAAUCUAAAACUGAUGGACAGACUGAUUGGCGAUAAGAGAUACCUGUCCGGCGAUGUGCUCACAAUUGCCGACAUCUCAGCCCUGGCCUCCAGUACUGUCUUAAUGUUCAAUGACUUCCAAGACGUGAAUGAUUUGCCGCAACUGAAGGCAUGGUAUGAGCGCCUGGAGAAGGACACUCCCUGUCGGUCGGUGUUGAUGGCAAUCAAACAACUCAAUCUGGAGGUUAAUAUUAUUGAGACGGAUCCUAGUAAACAAGAAACUUCAACACCAGAAUUUCUCAAGUUGAACCCUCAACACACAAUUCCCACUAUAGUUGACGAUGGCUUUUCUCUGGGCGAGAGUCGGGCCAUUAUCCAGUACUUGGUGUCCAAAUAUGCACCAAACAGUGGUCUCUAUCCUACCCAUGACCUCAAGAAGAGGGCACAUGUGGACCGACUUUUGUACUAUGAUAUGAGCAUUGCAUACGCCAUUCGGGACGCUAUUUUCAUCAAAAUAUUCCGUGGAGUAGAACCGCAUGAGAACGCCGUCAAGAACUUCAAAAACAACUUCAAUGUCUUGAAUGACUUCAUUGGAAACAACAAAUAUGUUGCGGGAAAUGAGUUGACAAUCGCUGACAUCUCUUAUUUGGCUACCAUUUCGUCCCUCGCUAUCAAUGACUACAAAGAUUUGGAUGAAUUCCCAAAUGUGAAGAACUGGUUCUUCAGAUUACAGAAGGAAUUGCCGUAUUUUAAUGAAGUGAAUGGCAAAGUACCCGAACUCUUUAAGCAAAUGAUUGCUCCUAAGAAGUAAUUCAUUGAUUGAAAUAAAACACCAAAUUA